CUCCUCCAUCCUCUUCUUCCCCCCCCCCCCCCCCCCCCCCGCGACGAGCGUCGGCGACGGCGGCGGCUGGCUGGCUGGCUGCCUCACUCCUCUCAUCGAAGAUCGAUUUCUCUCCUCCUCAACCCGCUACCUCGCCUCGCUUGGAUCGAAGAAGUCCAUCCAGUUUGCUCCGGAUUUGAUUGCUGCGUGCGUGGAGUACUGUACUGACAGCGGUUUCUUCCCAAGAAUUUUUGGGGAUUUUUGGGGAUUCAGCUUGAGCCUUCAUGCUCCAACUUAGGUGCUGCUCCUGAUGCGUCUUAUGAGUGUCGGAUGCCGCCAUGGCGCUGCGAGGGCGCUGCAACCACUUCCACUCUGCAGAUUGUCUAUCUCAUCAUGUACGCAAUCUAGCCGAGAUGUCAGCAAUGUUAACCUCACGGUGGAGGAAGAAGAGGCGGCGAGGCUGAUCAAGAAUUCGCUCUCAAAGGCACGCAAGUGGAGUGUACAGGACUUGAUUCAGUGCCUUGGAGCCGAUUGUUCGGGAAUCCGGCUUACCGGAAACAUUGUGGACACCUUGCUGUUCAAGUUUGGGGAUGACUGGAAAUCGGCAUUGGGCUUCUUUCAGUGGGCGCAGUCGAGGGAUGAUUACAGGCACACGGCUUAUGCCUGCAAUCGGAUGGUUGACCUGCUUGGGAAGAUGAGGCAGAUUGACCAAAUGUGGGAGCUGUUGUCUGACAUGCACGGCAGAGGGUUGGUCACGGUUGAGACGGUUGCAAAGAGCAUCAGGAGGCUGGCGGGUGCGAGAAGAUGGAAGGAUGUUGUUUUGCUGUUUGAUAAACUGGAGGAUAUGGGGUUGGAAAGGAACACAGAGACGAUGAAUGUUCUUCUUGAUGUGCUCUGCAAAGAGAGAAAGAUUGAAGUGGCACGUGAGGUUUUUGCGGUGCUUAGUCCGCACAUUCCGCCUGAUGCAUACACGUUUAACAUUUUUGUCCAUGGGUGGUGCAGUAUCCGUAGGAUCGAUGAGGCAAUGUGGACAAUUGAAGAGAUGAAAAGACGCGGAUUUCCACCUUCAGUCAUCACAUACACCACUGUUCUUGAAGCUUAUUGUAAGCAGCGCAACUUUAGGAGGGUCUAUGAAGUUCUUGAUUCAAUGGGUUCUCAGGGCUGUCAUCCAAAUGUUAUCACUUACACCAUGAUCAUGACAUCGUUAGCAAAGUGCGAAAGGUUUGAAGAAGCCUUGAGUGUGUCUCAUAGAAUGAAGUCAUCUGGUUGUAAGCCUGAUACACUAUUCUACAACUCCUUGAUCAACCUUCUUGGUAAAUCAGGCCAUUUGUUCGAGGCUUCCCAAGUAUUUCGAGUGGAAAUGCCAAUGAAUGGUGUGUCCCAUAAUCUGGCUACCUAUAACACCAUGAUUUCAAUCUUUUGCUACUACGGUCGAGAUGAUGAUGCUCUCAAUGUGCUGAAAGAAAUGGAAGCACAAUCUUGUAAGCCUGACAUUCAGUCAUAUCGGCCGCUUCUUAGACUUUUUUUAAGCAGAAGAGGCCAAGCUGAUACCGUCCGGCACUUGUUGAGUGAACUUACCAGCAAACAUAAUCUAGGUUUAGAUCUUGAUACAUACACCCUUCUGAUACAUGGUCUUUGUAGAGUCGGUGAUACCGUGUGGGCGUAUCAACUGUUUGAUGAGAUGGUUAGUAGUGAAAUAGCACCUAGGAGUAAAACAUGUGUGAUGCUUUUGGAUGAAGCACAAAGGACAAACAUGGAGACUUAUGUUGAAAGAAUCGGGAAUUACAUGAGUUCCUUUGGAAUUUCUGUUUAAGUUUUUAAUGGAUUUAUUCUCCCAUGUGAUUAAUUUAUUA